GAGAGUUAAACGUCAUCUGAGCAGAGAGUAUACAUGGUGUGCUACCACCUGUGAGGAUGGAGAAGAAGUCAGGUGUUGACCUGCACAUGGAGACCUCAGAAGGAGGCCUGAAGGAGCUGGUGCUGAAGUGGUUCACUGAGACCCAGGCGCCGCUCAUCCUCAACAACGGAAACUUCCCUGACUGGUUUCAAGGCUUCGCUGUGAGAAAGGACACGGAAGAUCUAUUGAGAGAUAAAGCUCUGGGCUGUUUUCUCAUUCGCCUCAGUGAUAAAGCAAUCGGCUACAUCCUUUCCUACAAGGGCCACGACAGGUGCCGCCAUUUUGUCAUCACCCAGAAUCAAGACGGACAGUUCGUCAUAUCAGGAGACUGUCAGACAUACGGCAGCCUCACAGAGCUGAUAGAGCAUUACAAAGUCAGCCCCAUCCAGCCCUUUGGAGAGCACCUGACCUCCAGCUGCCAUGAGGUAAACACAGGUGAGCUGUAUGAUGUGGUGAAUUACAGCAGCAAAGAGAAGUCUGGGGUGAGUGUCCAAGCUCUGCGGACUCUGUGGGACCAGAAAAAUGAUCCUCACAGCGACCCUGGCACUAAUCAAAGGAUUCAGCAGCAAAAUGACCCUCCUACGGUGCAGCCACCUUCGCUGCCACCUAAAUCCCAAAACAGAAAGCUGACGGGAGCGGUGUCUGUAGACGCAGUGUCCCUCUCACAGGGUGUACCUCCAGUGCCAAAAAGAGGCAGGCCUCUGGGCUUCUCCCAGAGUGGAUCUUUGCCUGACGCAACACCACAUCCAAGUAAAACCCAGACCGACCCAAACAGAUCCCAGAGACUCAGAGGGAACGCAAACCCGGUGCUAAUGUCUGACAGAGACUCAUUUAAAACCACUGACUAUCCGAGCUAUCCAGGUGAUCUUUGUCCACCAAGGAACACAUACUCUGAGCUGACGCAGCUGGAGAGCAGAAGCAAAUCUCUACCAAAACUGAACAACAUGGAGGAGGAGGAGGAGGAGGAGGAGGAGGAGUACUCUAACCAGCUCAGUAGUCCCUCCUUCACAACAUCUUAUUCACCCACUCCACUGAAGAAGGUCACCUGUCACACCUACUCCCUCCAUGAUCCCAGAGACAGUUUGAGGCCGAGCAGCUCCAGGUCAGAACAGCAGGGCGAUGAUGUGGAAAUGUUGAGGUCCAACCCGCUGUACCAGACCUCCGAGGGGCCUGGAGGGGGUUCGGCACAGCAGGGAGGCGGCAUGUAUGCUGAGGUUCCCCAGAGGCCGGUACCUGCCGGGCUGCCUGAUGACACCUAUGAGCUGAUCCCCGGGGAGGCCGCUGCUGUCCAAGGCAACACUUACGAGUCUCUGGAGGAUAUGAAAACCAAGAAGUCCAAAUCCACCUGGGGGAAAAAUAAUAUGAAAUGGAAGAAAUUCCUUCCUGAUUACAAGAAGAAAUAAACGUGACUAAAAGAACUGUUUGAUAUUUUGUUAACUGAGACAGAAGUUAAAUGAAUAUUAAAAAUAAAUCACUUUUAUAAUAUCAUUUUGUUAAGUAAGAAAGUUACGUAGAAUUCAGAUGUUUAAACGCUGCAAAAACCCCACUUUAUAUAAAUCCAGCUGUUAUCAUUAUGUAUUUUCUGGUCAUUGUCCUUUAAAGUUAAAAUGUUUUGUAUCUAAUGAUUUUAGUAAAUUUUAGUAAACAAGAUUAAUUAAGAUACAUUCUUCCAUUAUUAUUAUUUUGUUUACUGAUAUUAUUAUUAUUAGUAGUAGUAGUCGGUGGUAUUUUAGUAAUUGUAGCAGCAUUAAAUGUGGUUCAGUAUUUAGUCAUUUGUUUAUUUUGUCAUUGAACCUUUUAAAACAUCUUUAAAUUCAUAUAAAUUAACGUUUUCAUUUACUUUUCUACAAAAAUGUAAAAAGUUACUCACCGAGAGGCUUGUGUCACUGUUCAUCAUGUGUUCAUAUUUGUCUUUUUUUGUUUUUUUAAAUGUGUUUAUGGAUCUAUAAAACACAGCACAGCAUAGAGCACACAACGUUUCCAACACGGUCCCAAACCAGCAGCUGUGACAUUUAAUGCCAGGAUGUUUGACAGGAAAACGAGUCCGUCUGUUAAAGUUUUGGGACGUUUUAAAUUAAAGCUGGAGGCAAGACAGGAACAUCAUGGCAACCGCUGCUGCAGUUCUAAUAAACAUAAUAAAUAAAUGUAAUAUAAAGUGAGAAUGCGCUGCCUCACAGCAGUCCACAGAGGUGUUUCUGGUUGAUUCACUGUGGUGUAUUUUGACUUCAUAAGAUGUAACAAGUUCUCGCUUAAAGGGAGAACUUAUUUACUGCAUAUUUAUACUACAUGUGUGAAAAAAGCCUUUUGUGGCCCCAGAGGGAGCUGCUGAUAAACGUCCUCAGGUGAUGUCACUUGAGUCGGCGUCGGGGCGGGGCUGAAGACUACGAGUUUGAAGAUGAAACUAAUCUGUUGGCGUGGAGUUAGAAAGACGUGAGCUCACCAGACCUCCGCAGCUGCUCCUCAUCUCUGCUGCAGGCUCCAGGCUACAUUAGCCGCUACUAGCAUAACACACCUCAAUCUCUGCGGUUGAGUUGCAUUGUGGGUAAUGUAGGAGCCAGGUUUUGUUAAGGAAGAUCUCUGCUGCAUUGAUUUUGAUCCUUUUUCUCCCUAAUUGUCCAUCGUGAGUCUGUCAGUGUUAUAGGAGUGCAAUGCUGAAUUGGUGGAGUACUCUUUUAAUGAGUCUGAGGUCCAAACUCAGUUCGGGCUUCACAGUCGGACCUGUUGAAUCUAGUUCUAAUCCUUACUCUCCCAGCUUCAGUUUUCUUCUCGUUUCCUCUGUGGACUGAACAUCCCACCUCUUCCUCUGUCCCCAACUUCUCUUUUACUGAGUCUUCCUCACGAGGCCCGAUCCGGCCCAAAGCAUCCCUCCUCUUGAUGAUUUGCUCUUUUUCUGAAAUGCCUUCCAGCUCUUUUUGAACUCCCUCUCCUUCAUGAUGACUUCUUCCUCCAUUUGAAACUCCAUCCUCGUCAUCUACAUCGUCCUCUGAGGAGGAUCUCUCUCUCUUUCCCCUUUCCUUGAGCCCUGUCUCCUCUCUCCAAAAGGCUUCUUGUCCUGUUCUAGUCACCUCCUCGUCACCAUAAGAAUCUGUCUUUUCUCAGUCUAAUUACUCACAUGCCAAUAAAAAUAACUGGUCUCUCCCUUAUGAAUUAAGGAAUGAAUUACAUUUACCAAUUUGGAAACAUCUCUUUCUUGCUUCCAUGUGUUUCAAAUGCUUCAAAAGCACUUUCUGAACAGGUUCUUCUUCUUCUUCUUCUUCUUCUUCUUCUUCUUCUUCUUCUUCUUCUUCUUCUUCUUAUUGCCAGUUCAGUUUCAUGGGGAACAACUGCAGAAGACUAUUGCAUUUCGUCUUAUUUUCUUUCCUUCAUAUUUAUUUUAUUUUAUUAAUUCCCUUGUAUUUGUCCCUGUAUUUCAUUUGGCUUUUUUGCACCAUAGAGCAAUUUUGUUUACAAAUAAAUGUUUACACUUAUAGGCUAUAACUGCUGUUUGAUUAUUAUUAUUUUGAUUCAGUCAGUUUGACAGCUGACCACCACCACUACAAGUUUUACUGUACUGCACUGUAACACUGUGAUGUAGAGAAAAGAGGAAUGUUGCUCAUUUUAAAAGCUAAAUUCUGCCAUUGAGCAAAAUAAAAAAUAAAAAAAUAAAUCAGUAUGGGAGAUCCCUCCCAACCAGGGGUUGGAAAAUGACUAAAUACAUUCACUCAAGUACAGUACUUACUCAAGUAAGUACAAUUUUGAGGUAAGGUCAGUUGGAAAUUUUGUACCUCUUACUCUUUAUUGGACAGCUGUAGUUACUAGUUACUUUUCAGAUUAAAAGUUGUGGAAAAUGCAGCAGCACUAAAAGUCUAAAAGUUAUGCAGUGGGUGUUUUAACUUCAGGAGCUGAUUGCAGUGACAAAGCUGCCACUCAUCAGUGGUAGCCCAUAGAGCAUUAGAGCAGGACUAGUAUGCACUGGUGUG